UAUAAAUCUUGGACCUGGCCACAGCAGCACGGCAGACCCGGGCCGGCCGCGACCUGAGCAGCCGCACUUUGCACAAACUCCAAGUGUCGCGCUUGCGUCGCCAUGCGUGCGACUGUCCCGGCCUCCAUCGGCGCCGUCGGCCUCUUGCUGGCCCUGGCCGCGUCCGCCGCGGCGCUCCAGGACCAGGAUGACGAGGAGGGUCGCGACGCCGGAGAACCUCUCCGGCUCCCGGACGACUUCAUGGUCGGCGCAGCGACGUCGGCCUACCAGAUCGAGGGGGGGUGGAACGAGGGAGGUAAGGGCCUGAGCAACCUGGACGUGGUCAACAACGACCGCCCCGACCACGGCGGCACGGUGGCCUGCGACUCGUACCACAAGUACGCGGACGACGUGCGGCUGCUCAAGCAGCUGGGCGCCACGCACUACCGCUUCUCCCUCGCGUGGACGCGCCUGCUGCCCACCGGCGAGGCCGACAACGUCAACCAGGACGGCGUCCGCUACUACAACGCGCUGCUCGACGAGCUGGACGCCAGCGGCAUCAAGCCCAUGGUCACCCUGUACCACCAGGACAUCCCUCAGACGCUGCAGGAGGCAUUUGGAGGCUGGGACGACGAGAAGAUCGUCGGCUACUUUGAGAUAUACGCCAAGACCGCCUUCGCGCUCUUCGGGAAGCGGGUCAAGCUGUGGACGACGCUCAACGAGCCGCUCACCUUCUGCUUGCUGGGCGCGGAGCACGGCCGGCUCGGCACCUCCAAACCCAAGCCCGGCAUCAGCGGGUACCGCGCCGCGCACAACAUGCUGCUGGCGCACGCCCGCGCCUACCGCGCCUACCACCGGGACUUCGCCGCGGACGGGGGCGCGGUGGGCCUGACGCUGAGCGGGCUGUUCACCCGGCCGUGCAGCACCGCCUACGAGGACGUGCGCGCGGCGGAGCGCCACAUGCAGUUCGAGCUGGGCUGGUACCUGGAGCCGCUGCUGGCGGGCGGCGUGUACCCGCCCAUGAUGCGACAGCACGUGCAGCCCGAGAGGCUGCCCACCUUCAGCGCCGCGGAGCGCGACCUCCUGAACGGUGCCAUCGACUUCAUCGGGCUCAACUCGUACUUCGGGGGCAGCGCCUGCGACGGCGUGCCCGAGAACGCCGGCUCGCCGUCGUACGAGCGCGACCAGGCGGUCGUGGUGCCAGGAAGCAGGGGCAACCCGGACCUCGACCCGGACAACCCCAUGAUGUCCGCCGUCUUUCAGUGGACGCCGUCGAGCAUUCGCAACAGCCUGCGCUGGAUCAGGGACCGUUACGACCCGGACAACAAGAUUCCCCUCAUAGUGACUGAGAACGGCUACAACGGCGAGGACGACACGAGGAUGGCGUAUCUCAGUCAAUGGCUACGAUCCGUGCUGCGUGGGAGGUACCUGGACAAGCUCAACAUCCGGGGUUACUUCGUCUGGUCACUCAUGGACAACUUCGAGUGGGGUAUCGGCUACGAGGGCAAGUACGGCCUCGCGCAGGUGGACUUCAGCUCUCCCAACCGGACGCGCACCCCGAAGAACUCGUUCUACUUUAUGCGGGACGUGAUCGCGACCCGCACGGUGCCUCUGGUGGAGCGACCCGGCGGCAGCAGCGGCGCGACGCGGACGGGCCUCCCCACCGCCGCCUGGGGGUUGGUCGCGCUGCUCGCCCUCUCCCUCGUGUAGAUCUCCAGGCCGGUGGUAUGCUCCAUCGGCCGCCCGACCACCGCACUCUCGCGCUCGAGCUACGCGCAGCUUCCGCUGGGCGGCGCGCCCGCCUCUACGGCCACAGGCACCCAGGACCCAAGGCCAACCUCCGCAGCAGCGCCCGCUCGCGCCAAGCUACCGCGUUAAAAUUGAAGCAUUUCAAUUUCCGACUCGUCUAUUCUUAGAUUAAUUUUACAAUAAAAAUAACAAUAUAUGUA